GUUUUCAUUAUUUAUGUGCUUUCAGAACAUAUAUAAUUAUUCCAAGAGAUGUCUGGGAUGCUUUCAAUUCAUGAAAAUUGAUAUUUAGUCAUGUUUAGAAAGACCCCUGGUUACAAAUCCUUACAUAAGCUUACCAUGUGAUAUUAAUUAUGUCUUUGAAUUCAAAAUAAAGUAAUUUAUACUGCCAGGAAGUUACACCUGUUGCCUUUAAGAAAAUAUUACUGGUACAUGAGAACAUCAGAACCAGACUGAAGGCUUUUCCACCGUCAGGCCUCUGAGCAUGUGAAACAGACUAUCUGAAUAUAGACUCCACCUCUCCUCUCACCCAGAGUGUGUUCACGUGGCAGAAUCAAUCAGCAGUCACAAUGGUCACUUUUCACUCCACCCAAGUCUCCUUGGAAUGUAAUCAAAUCCCUCCACCUCCUAAACCACUCUUACCUUAAGUGUCUGCUCAACAUUACAUCAUCCGAAAUGUGCCCUGACCCUGCCUUUCAUCAUAGGAGCACCUCCACCAUUGGCCAAAAACCGUCAGCAUCACUCCCCCCACUGCACCCCCACCCUCACCCCCUUCUUCACACCCUCUGCCACUUUUAUGCUGAUUGAAAGGAGAAUGAAAUCUGUUGGGUGUAAUCUGGUGUGACGCCACUAAUCCUGACGCUACAAAUCAUAGGUCCCGUCCACUCUGCUCCACACAGACCCCUGUGACUCCCCGCCAGCAACUUCACGUCUGCCUCAGUACGAAGCUGAUUUAAAGAGCAGAAGACAUGGCUGUGGUUAGUGGAACUUACCGCAUGGUGUCGGAGGAGGAGCAGGCUCUCAGGGCCAAGCUGGAACGUCUCACCGUCAAGGACCACGGGCCAGUGUUUGGACCCUGUGCCAACCUGCCAGAUCACACCAGGCAGAAGGCCAAGGACGAGCUGAAUGAGACAGAUGAGAAGCGGGUGUCUGCUGUGAAGGAGCUGCGAGGAAUCAUCAAAGAAAAGGCGGACGCAGGUGAUGAUCUGGCCAAGGGGGUUCAGGACACCUUUGGGGAGAAACCAGACAGUUUGCUGGUCCGCUUCAUCCGCGCCAGGAAGUACGACGUGCCCAGAGCCUUUGAGCUUAUGAAGGGCUACGUGCGCUUCAGGAAGGAGUACCCCGAGCUGUUUGAGAAUCUGACCCCAGAGGCCGUACGCAGCACCAUCGAGGCCGGCUACCCCGGCAUCCUGCAGAGCAGAGACAAGUACGGCCGCGUGGUUCUGCUUUUCAACAUCGAGAACUGGGACUACGAGGAGAUCACCUUCGAUGAGAUCCUACGUGCCUACUGUGUGAUCCUGGAGAAGCUGCUGGAGAACGAGGAGACUCAGAUCAACGGGUUCUGCAUCAUCGAGAACUUCAAGGGCUUCACCAUGCAGCAGGCGUCAGGAAUCAAACCCACUGAGCUCAAGAAGAUGGUAGACAUGCUGCAGGAUUCAUUCCCUGCCCGUUUCAAAGCUGUGCACUUCAUCCACCAGCCCUGGUACUUCACCACCACCUACAACGUGGUCAAACCACUCAUGAAGAGCAAGCUGCUAGAGAGAGUGUUUGUCCACGGGGACGAGCUGGAAAACUACUACAAGGAGUUUGACGCCGACAUCCUUCCAUCUGAGUUUGAUGGAAAAGGUUCCAAGUACGACGGCAAGGCCACAGCAGCCAAGCUGUUCGACUAAACAUCCUCCCUCCCUUUGCCAAACAGGCAACAGGCAUUAUAUAUUUCCAAACCCCCAUAGACUGUGGAGACUCAAAGCCCAAUCUAGCUGUGUGGCUGUAGAAAAAGAAGUUAUGAAUGAAAGUCAUGAGUGUGUGAGAAGUUUAAGAGAUGUUGUUUACCAGAGGACCCAACAAAGCACAAUCAAACAAGAACAAGGUAAUUACACUCAAUUACACUUACACUAUAUACAUUCUACAGUUCCCCAUUUUUAGGGCUGUGGACCAAAGCCAGUUCUCUACCCAUUGCUGCAGAACUCAAGAUCCCACUUCACACCAAUAUAGUGUGUACUUUUAUCACACACUCACACAAACAAAACCAAACAUGAGAACUGAGAGCUUCCUGAAAGUCACCAACAAGGAAGAGUUUUCAACACAUUACAUCCUCACACUGCUCACUGUAACUUUGAACAAAAAAUAAAGAAGACCAAAUGUUCAUGAUGGUGAAUUACCUGUUGUAAGCAGAUUUAAAAUCUUUGCAGGUUGAUUUUAUACCAGUCUCACAUGAAUGAAAGCUAACAGCUGUGUCAUAUUUCAUCUUAAACGGCAAUGGUUUGGGGAAUCAAUAUUACUGUAACAUGCUCAUAACUUGAAGUUAAUGAGCGAAAAUGACCAUAUACAUUGAGGUCAGUGAAGUCACACAGCCAGUAUCACCAGCUUUGAACAACAGAUUUUUUUUGUCUCUCUCCUGUUAAAUUGUGCUUUGUUUGGACCAUAGUUCAUCCACACAGUUUGCUGUAACACUGGCACGCCCCAGAUUUCUCGGUUUCCACUCUCCUUCAAGUACAAGGCCCAUAUUCCAACAAGUGCCUGUCUCUCAUGUUUUUUAGAUUGUUCUUCAGUAUUAUGAAUAUUAUGAAGUUUUACCCAUUGUGCUACCUGGUGCACCAAUAAGAAUGUCAAUAAAUGUACAAUAAACUGUAUAUAAAUAUAAUUUGUAGUCUCCGUAUUCAUCCACAAAAAGAAAAUAGAUCAGAUUCAAAUAAACAGAUUUGUGAAAAAUGUUUAUUAAUGGGUGAGUUCAAAUUCGUCCAAUCAGUCAAUGCAGUGUACCACAUGAGAACAAAACACAUCAUGAUUAGAUUACAAAUGCUACACCCACAAGCUGAUACAUACGAUAUUGUUCAUACAGUACAACAGGAACUGUAUGGACAGUAAAGUGUAGGCAGAACAGUCCAUAUCUUCAACAGUCAGGACAUAUUGCACAUACAGGCGGAGCAGUGGUGCUGU